AUGUUUAUUUUUUUCUCGAAAAAGGGAUUAAAUGGAUGUUCUUUCCUUAAUAUAUACCUGUAUCGUAUUUUUUUCCGAUUUUUGCUCGUAUGGGAAGAUAUAAAACGCUUUGAGACAUCUUUAGGAAUACAAAUUUAA